GGAAGUGAUAGCCGUAUGCACUAUCCAGUACAGCACUGAUAUCCAGUGGAGCUCAACGCACAUCAUGAACGGAAAACUUGUGUUGAUUCUCGCAGUAAUCGUCUGUUCUCUAUGGUUCACGGAAUGCUGUGAGCCCGACCAGGCUCAAUAUGGAUGCAAGUUCAGUGGAACCACAUGCACAUGUGGAAACGGAUGCAAAACAGAGUACAUCUAUAGAACAAGACGGGCGUGCCUUAACGCUUUGAGAGAGAAGAACUCAAACGUAUGUUUUCGCAUGCCCUGUGUGAGAGGCACAUGCAUACAGACAGCUCAAGACUCCGGAUAUACGUGCAAAUGCGAAGGAACUGGAUAUUAUGGUCAAAGAUGUGAAAAAGCCUGUCCAACAAUACAGAUGCGAGGAUUGCUGUUCCCUCAUGAAUGUGUUGUUAUUUAAAACCACGACUGUAUUUCCAUAAUAUUAAGCAUACUAAUAUUACUUGAAGUCUUAAAAACUUACUUAUGAUGUUAUCUUCUCGUAUGACGAAACAAGUAAGAUUCAGUGCAAACGAAUCCAGUAUGUACACUUAUUUAUUAAGUAGGUAUUUAAGUGAUAUAUUUAGAGGAAGAUAAUAUGAACAAUUUAUUGAUUUAAUAUUAUAUCUUAAAAUAACACGUGUAGAAUAUGUUUACUUAAUAAAAAUUGGCUUUUACUUGAA